CACUGUUUACCUUCCUAAUAUCCUUCUUGAUGACACAAAUUAUCCUACCUGGUUGUUUCGGAUGGAGUCUUUCCUUAGAGGCCAAAACCUCUUUGGAUUUGUUGAUGGUUCAACACCUUGUCCUGCACAAUUUGUACUUGCCUCUGAUGGCUCUACAAACACAAUAUCUGUUGAGUAUAUUUCAUGGAAGACUCAAGAUCAGAGCAUAGUCAACAUGAUAGGCCAAACUCUAAGUGUUGUGGCUAUGACAUGUGCUGUUGGGAGCAAGUCUGCUCAAGACUUAUGGACUCGACUCAAGCUAAAAUUUGCUGAUGCUAACAAGCAAAACAUUCUGCAGCUAAAAUCAAACCUCCAAAAUGUGAAGAAAGGGACUGAUGACAUUGAGACUUAUCUUGAUAAAAUCAAAGCUGCAAAGGAUGCUCUUGAGACUGUAGGAGUGUCUAUUGAUGAUGAAGAUAUUGUGGUCACAGUUCUCAAUGGUCUACCUUCAGAGUUUGCAGCAAUAAAGACUGUUAUACGUGCUCAAUUCACUUGUGCAUCACUCAGUCAACUCAAAACUCUGCUUAAAGCUGCUGAAAUGGAUAUUGGAAAUGAAGCACAAGGCCUGCAGAGUCUGCUUACUGCAAUGCUUGCAAAGAUCAGUCCACACACUCUGCCAUCAUCUUCUGCAACUACUUAUGCCACUUCCACACCACCAUCAUCUGUGUCUCAGCAAUCACAAUUGCCUCAAACUCAAGCCAUACAGUUUGCAUCACAGGCCUCAUCCUCCAACACCUCUGCACCACCUGGAUUCACAACUCAAUGUCUUGCAUCUUCUGCACCACCUGGUGUUGUGCCUCAGGGAUUACCUUCCUUUCCAAUGUCUACCCAAACUCCAUAUGUUCCUAUCCCAGCUAUGCCUUAUGGAUUCACACCUAUGUUCAAUCCUGUGUUCAAUCCCAAUAAUGGCAUGACAGGCUUUUAUGCUGGAAGAGGACCUGGCAGGUUUCAACACAAUGCAGGCAGAGGCAACAAUUUUGGAGGAAGAGGAAAUGGCAUAACUGCAACUGGCAAUCAGAAUGGUGGCUUCAGGACUAUUGGCAACAACAAUGUUGGAGGUGGUAAUUCUAUUACUUGCCAAUGGUGUAAUAAGGUUGGUCAUAGUGCCAAAACCUGCAGAUCUCUUCCUAUGAACCUACAAGGCAACAAUAACUCAAAUCAAGGUGGCUGCCAGUAUUGUGGGAGACAUGGACAUACUGCAGAUAGGUGCUUCUUCAUUAUUGGUUUUCCUGGACAACAAAAUGAUUCUGAGGAUUCUAAUGCCACUGCCAUGGUUGCUGCUGCUCCCAACCUUGCUCCACAAUUUUGGCUAGCUGACACAGGUGCCACCAACCACAUGACCAACAACUUGCAACUACUCAACAAUGUUGUUCCAUAUCCAAACACAGAUGGUGUGCAGAUUGGUAAUGGACAAGGUGCAGGGCAAGAUAUUAUACCAGGGACUGAGUAAGCAAGGCCUUUAUCCCAUACCAUUUGAUUUACCAAUGUUCAAUAAAGCAUCUGCUACAGCUUCUACUUCAAGUAUUCAGAACACAAAAACAACUGCAAGUAUUCAGCAAACAGCUUCUACUUCACA